AUCAAUUAGAUUACUUAAUAUUUCAGUACUUGUUUCCUCUGCGCAUGUCAUCGCAUAUAAAACUUUAUACGUUAUCGGAAUUCUUGAAACAAAACUUCUAAAUACUUCUUGAGAGCACAAAGAAAUUAAACAAACAAAAUGGGUGAACGAAAAGGACAAAACCUUUAUUAUCCUCCUGACUAUGACCCUAAGGUUGGAGGAUUAAAUAAGUUUAUGGGUACUCAUGCUUUACGAGAGAGGGCCAGAAAAUUACACAUGGGCAUUCUAAUAAUACGGUUUGAAAUGCCAUAUAAUAUAUGGUGUGAAGGAUGUAAUAAUCAUAUUGGUAUGGGUGUUAGAUACAAUGCUGAGAAGACAAAAAUUGGAAUGUACUAUAGUACCCCGGUUUAUCAAUUUCGUAUGAAGUGUCACUUAUGUGAUAAUCAUUUUGAAAUUAAAACUGAUCCUGGUAACCUAGAUUAUGUUAUUGUGUCUGGGGCUAGACGUCAAGAGAACAGAUGGGACCCUACAGAGAAUGGCCAGAUUGUACCUGAAACCAAGGAAGCACAGAAAAAACUAUUUGAUGAUGCUAUGUUCAGGUUAGAACAUAAGACUGGAGAUGAGGAAGCUAGUAAAUUGGAUAAACCACGCCUUGGCCGCCUCGUAGGACGGAAUGAAAAUGUGUGGAAAGAUGACUAUGAUGCCAACUGUGCAUUAAGAAGAAAGUUUAGAAAGCGAAGAAAAGAACUAGAAGAAUCUGCUGUAAAUGACAGUUUACUCCUUGCUAAAUCAUCCCUUGCCAUCAAUCUGCUACCUGAAAAUGAAGAUGAUAGAAAUAUGGCUGCCCUACUCUCACUUCGACCCUCUCGCAGUAUUGAAGAGAAACAAACAGUCACACAAAACAAAAUUAUGAAUACCCCUGCCCUUCAAAGUAGUAGUGGACUCAUAACUAGCUUUGGGGGACUUAAAAAAGAAGAAUCCUUAAGUAAACAACCAGUUCUUACAAGAAAUAAUUUAGGUGUUGUUAUAAAAAAAAAUAAAGUUGAUUUGGAUGAAAAACUCAAUGUAAAAGAAAGUAGUAGUGUUCAUGGUCCUUUAAUACAAAAUGAAGAUGUAAAUGUUCAAAAGGAUGACAUAGGUUUAAAUAAGAGAAAAAAUGAACAAAAUGAGAGGGAAUUAGUGGAUGGAAAAUGCAAGGACAAAGUUUGGUCUUUGGUAGGUGAUUAUAGUUCAAGUGGAGAAAGUUCAGAGUGACAAAGCCUAGGAAUUGAAAAAAAAAUAGAGAAAUAUAUGAAUUUUAAUGGAUUUUAUUAAAUAUCCUCAACUCUUUCUGUUAUAUAAAUACUAUAUGAACAUGAUGUUCUUUUAACAAAGUUAGUGGAUUUGGACUUGGUAUUAUUAAUGAUAUUAAAGCAUAUCUAUUUUUAACCAAAACCAUUUAAGUAACGUAUAGACUAUAGAGUAGUUUUGGGUACUAAAAAUAAAACAUUGUUCAAUGAAA